AUGUCGAUGCCACGAAUCAAGCGCCAGUUCGCAGGCUCUUCAGCAGACCCUUCCCAGCGCCAAAUCACGUCCUUCUUUGCAAGCAGGGCACCCGGCGAGGCAGGCGACGAGCCACCGCAGCCGCAACCCCCCCGCCAGCCUCGGCUCCCAAGCAGCGUGCAGUCCAACCUGCUCAGCGUCGGCAUGCGGGUGCGCAAGUCGGUCCCAGAAGGAUACAAGACGAGCGGCACGAGCGCAUUCAAGCUGUGGACGGACAAGACCAAGCCGCCGGCGAUGUGUGGACCCUUGACAAAAACCAGGAUGGGGGCCUCGUCCAGAGAGCUCCUCCCCUUCUGCGGCAUCAACAAGGUCGGCGGCCUCGACUCGCAGCCCGUCUUUCGCAGCGAUGACGAGGACGAGUCUGCGCCCGAGCUGGACGACGUACCGGGACUGACAAUGUCGCAAGAGAGCGUGGACAGCAAUGCCCCGGAACCGUCGCGGAAGCGAGGACACAACGACGACGAGCGGCCGGACUGCCCGACGCUGUUGGCGCUGCCGUCCAAAGGAUGGGACGAUGAAGUCAGUCCGCGGAGCUUUGCGCCCUCGCAAUGGGGGAAUUCGAGAGUCAUGGCCGUCCCCAGGACCCGUUUGAAGAAGCGCCCGUCGCUCAAGGACAUGGGUCAGGAGAACAUGGCAGUGGACGGGGACUUUGGGGAGGCCGAUUUUCUAGUUUCCUGCGACGAACGAGACAUGGAUUUAUCUUGA